AUGCCCACGACGACCAAGUGGACGACUGUCUGUAGCGACAUGGCUCGAGAGGACUCCCAACUGCUCAUAGAAGACAUGAAGGUGAUCAUCAUCGUCAAGAGUCAGCUGGUUCCAUGCGUCGUGUGUGCGCUGACCAUGCCACAUACCAACUGUUAUGAUGUUCUCACGUGUCAAGGACUUAACCGCGUGACGAUCACGGAGACUGCUGCUCAUGAGACGCUGGUGAAGGAGCCCCAAAAGGUCAAGUUGACUCCACGGCUAAAGGAUUAUGGUCGUGAAAUGUCGGAGUUGCCGACGCUGCGUCAGGUGCAAUGGUUCGUUAGCAGCUAUUCGAAGAAGAACCUCCACCGUAAUGACGACUAUGACGAAAUCCUGAGCCAAAUCGAUCAGCUGGCGUAUGGUCCGACCGUCUCGGACACGAACCCAUUUUCGUUUGGUUGGAAACGUGACGGCCGCGGCAAACCAGAUUGUCAACUGGUGGUCAAAUUCGUCAUGGCCGACGCUGAAGCAGCUCAACAGAACGCAGUGAUACGCGUCUUCGGUGCGGAUUGCGAAUUCGUGUACUUGAUGUGCUUCUUUCACGUGAUGGCCAAAGUUCACGAAAAACUGAAGAGCGUACCCGAUCGAUUACGUGACCAGGCGAUGGCGGACGUUUACGACCUGCUUUUUGCGGCUAGCCAAGAUGUCUAUGACGAACAAGUGAAAACGAUUCUAACGAGUUGGUCGGACGAAGAGCAGAUGGUAUGGUUCCGAGGCUAUUUCGAACGCACCUGCCGCGAUCUUCUUGUGGACAUGACUCCGAGCCGAUCCAGUAUCGACUUCCUACUUGUUUCCCCCAACCCAGACGUGGUUAGGGUGCUGUCACGUGGCUGCGAGCGUGUUUACCUCCCAGAGCUUGGGCGCAGUCGUGCGGUAGGUCCAGUAUCGGCGCAGAUGAGAGUUAAUUACGCGCGAAUGGAAGUGGCUGGGCAGCCUGAGCGUGGCUGGAACGUGGAUUUGACACCGACACUGCCCUUACCUACAGCCUUCCCAGCCUUCUUCAAGUGGUGCCAAGCACACCUUCGCGCCCGCGAUUGGGGGCGCCUCGAUGAAGCUGCGGCUCGUUACCUGAGAACAUGGGUUCAUGUUCAACAAGGUAAUGCCUCAACCGCAGAGGCAAUCAAGCGGCUGCUGGAUGCUGUGCCCAAAUCUCGCAUCACUAAGUCCCGCCUCAUUGAGGUAGCUGCUUUGGGGACGACGCUGGUGAGGCGGAAUGGGUCCUACCAACUGGUACCGACCUGCGGGGACCACCUACGUAUCAAAAGCGGACCAUCCUGGCGGAUCGUCGAAUCAAUGGGCGCGUUCAAUUCCUAA